GUGUUCAGAAAUGGUAUAGAAGUGUCAACAUUAGAUCUCAGCAAUGAAAAUGCAUGUAGCUGGAUGAUGUUUGUACGGUUAGCAACUACAUUUGAUGAACAGAACUUGGUUGCCUAUCAGUUUAACGAGGACAUCUACUUCGCUACUUGUAAACCUGUGGCACCCCAUGCAGAACUCAGAGUGUGGUAUGCUUCAGACUAUGCUCAUACCAUGAAUGUGACAUUACUGUGUGCAAAUAAACCAGAUGGUUCUGCAAAGACAGAGACAAGUCUGAUACAGUCCACUGAUGAACAAAAUCAAUUUGAUGUUAAAGAGACACUACAAGAACUACAUGAAAAGGACAAGAACAAUAAUUCAGCGUGUGCUAGUUCUUGUGAACCAUGGAAAUGUUCCAAUUGUAGUAAGGUGUUUGGAACAUUUUCUCUGCUUGAAGUGCAUUCAUGUGAAUCCAAGAUUAAGAGAGCCAAACCAUGCCAACAGCAAAACGUCAGGACAUCACAAAACAGAUCUAUUAAAAGUCCCCCCAGUGCCGCCACCUACAUUCUCCAACAAGAUAUCACGUGGGUUCCCUUCUCCAGCAAAACAAACAGUGAGAGUAAAUGCAAGGGAGAGAAUGAGGAUAGAGCCAGCAGUGGAAACAGAAAGUUUGAAUGUGAAGAAUAUUUCAGGCUGAACCACAACCGGUUCUACAAGCACCGCAGGCACCUGGAGAGCCACGUAUGGUGCGCCUCGCAACCCAUGCUCAAAACCAGCCGCCACAGAGGAAUCUUGCAUCUUCGCAGGCUGGAUUACGACAGGUCCCACCUCAAGCCCACCAAACCUGAGGCAAGACAACAUCAUGGGCUAUCUUCCAAGGUGUGGCCAUAUCGGGGAUUAUGCAGGCAGCAUGUUGGAAAAACUGCCUGCGAGAUGUUCUCCAGGCAGAAGGCUGGAUGGGCAGACAGGUGCUACAAGCAAGUGCUCGGACUGCAGCCCAAAGAUCUUGUAAAGCUACUGACCCAUCCUCCUGGAAGCAUUAUGCUUUCAGCUUUCGGUUGGCUGUUGUACAAUUUAGCAGUUACACAAUAAGAGUGGCAGCUGCCAAGGCAAGGCCAAAACAUGAUACCGCCUCAUGUCCAGAGCUGUAUGCAUCAUUACAACUCUGCUUUCAGGCUGGUGUCUUUGCUUCACAAUCUUCACUUCCUAUUUUGAAGAUCAGACGAGUAGGUCUGCUGACCGCUGUGCUAACAAUUAACAUGCUACUAUGGCUCAUAAAUGAAGGGUUCAAAUUUCUCCCAGUUGCACUAUUGCCAGCGUUAAUGGUAGUAGCUGGUUGUCUGAGAGGAGCAGUGUAUGUGAAUGUGUUCUACAUGAUAAGGACGGAUAGACGGUUUCCAGAUAAAGACAGAGAGAUGUCAGCAAAUGUUGCCGGCAUAUUUUUGACAAUAGGAUUGUCAUUGAGCUGCAUCUUACAGACGAUUUUAUUCAACACUGUACUGUUGCCAUAUUGAUGGAAGAACGCGUUCAUCCGACGAUUGUUAACACGGAGGAUUUUUUUAGAGUGCAAUGACUAUUGUUUUGAAAUUUCGUCACAAUUUUCACGAAGGAAUGGGCAUAUCAAAAUUGACAAUUUGAGUAUUUUUUGCCUAUUGUGCUUAAAAACAUAUUUUUUUGUCAGCGUUCUGACAAGUUUCCGUAAGCAAAGGAUAAUUAAUUCCGGAAUAACAUUAAUGACGCCAAAAAAAGGCAUCCCGAUAAUUGCAUCUUCACGAAGAGAUGCAAACACGCCUGCCCCUUAAAAAUGUACAAAAGUUUUGCACGGAAAGGCGUAAAAUUAGGUCAACUGAGAUUUUCGUUUCUACUAGGUGACGGGCAUCUUUACUAAUUUAUUUUGGCUAAUAAACCACUGUGUCAAUUAAAAUUACUGGGUUUCAAUUAAAGUUGACCUAUCAAAGAAUUAUGUCAAGGUUUCGUUAUUGAUAAAGUUGUUGCAAAGUAGUAGUUUUUGCAGUGUUGAAAACGGAGAUACUUUUACACGUAAUUUUACGUCAAAUGUUACAUAUCUGUAAAACUAAGUACAGUGAUUAUGUUUAGAAUAUUAUUGAAAUGUAGAAGACUCCGUAUUGUUCAAAAACUGUGCAAAUGCAUUCUCGUUUUUUAUUCAACGUUCAGCCAAUUUUGCAAUGUACAUUUUUUGACUUCCGUGCUUGUUGGAUUCGAAGUGUAUAUAAGUGAAACUGUUCAUUAAAGCCUGAAAUAUCUUUGAAACUUCAAACAAACAAAAAGUGGUUUUCAGAUCAUAAGCGACCGUAAAUGACGGCUUUAAUCUAAAUAAAAAGAAAAAUAAAUGAAAUAAAAAUCUUUCCCAAUAA